AUGAAGAUCACGAUCAAACGCAAUGCCCCGAACAUGCAAUCUUCUCGCAAAAGACGCGCGGUCAAUAUGGGCAACACAGUUGAAGAAGAAUCUAAUAAUACCGCCAUACCACAAAAGUUUGUCAUUGGCGUAGAUUUUGGAACUACCUUCACAUCCGUAUCCUAUUUCACCCACCCUAUUAAUGAUCAACAUCCUCGAGCUUUUCCGGAACAGCUUUUGAGCAUUAAGAAUUGGCCAGAUGAUUUGAGUAGCGGUGAUGCACAUGAAACGCUGACAUGUGAGGAAUUGAUUUAUGUGUCUGAUGAAGCAAAGUAUUCUCAUUAUCCUUUGGAUCAUGAGUACAAUAAAGUUUUGAACUUUGCGUUUUCCUUGUCAACUCCAGUCAAGCCAUCUUGUACCACACUUAUUAUCGUUGCAAGCUUUUCUAGCAGCGUUCACAGUUUCUUGUCUCUGACACAUGAAUGCAACCAUUUUCUUUAUUAUACUGACGUACAGUCCCUAGAUGUCCAAAUAGCCGGUCGAAUUGAAUUCGAUAUGACUUUCCUCAGAAAGGAAAAUAAGAUUCAAUUAAUAGAAGGCGAAUAUGGUAGUAUAAGCAAGGCUAAACCGCAUUAUCGUGUCGAGCUAGAGAUAUCUGCUGAAUUGAAUGGUAUGUUGCUGGAGUAUUCUGCUAAAUGGACUGGGCCUGGUGGGAAAAUUGUGAGUAAGGAGACAGGUUUGUGUUUCUGCCGCGUUUGCGCCAGGAUGUACGUGAGAUGA